UCUAGAGAAAAAAAGAAAAAGGAAAUCCCAAUAAAAAGAAAAGAAAAAUGAUCCAUCAUAUUUUCAAUUUCAUGAAUUCCUUUGUUGUGUUUCUACUAGUUCUCCUUUCUUAUUCUCAUAAUGUAGUUCCUGUAAAAUCAUUUCGUACUAUUCCAAAAUCUGAUGUUGAUUUGAUUGAAUUUGCUCUGAAUUUGGAGUACUUAGAAGCUGAAUUCUUCUUGUAUGGAGCUUUGGGUUAUGGUUUAGAUAAGUUUGCCCCUAAAUUAACACAAGGAGGACCUUCUCCUUUUGGUGGUAAAAUUGCAUAUCUUAGUCCUCUUAUCAAGGAUGUUACUUUACAGUUUGCUCUCCAAGAAGUUGGACAUUUGAGGGCAAUAAAGAACACCGUAAAAGGAUUUCCAAGACCAUUACUGAAUCUAAGCUCAGAAACAUUUGGCCAAAUAAUAGAUAGUGCUUUUGGGAAAAAGCUCUAUCCUUCAUUCGAUCCCUAUUCAAAUGAUAUAAACUAUUUGAUUGCAUCGUAUGCCAUUCCUUAUGUUGGCCUCAAUGGCUAUGUUGGUGCCAACCCACUCCUCAAAAGUCCACUUGCAAAAGGGCUUAUUGCAGGACUAUUGGGUGUGGAAUCUGGCCAAGAUGCAGUUAUUCGAGCAUUACUAUACGAACGCAAAGAUGAGAUAGUAAAGCCAUAUAAAUGGAAUGUGGCAGAGUUCACAAAUCAUAUCUCACAGCUCAGGAACACUUUAGGGAAGGGAGGUAUUAAAGAUGAAGGUCUUGUGGUACCUAAAGAACUUGGUGCUGAGGGUAAUGUCACAGGAAAUAUUCUUGCUGGUAACAUUUUUUCAUAUUCAUAUGCUAGAUCUCCACAAGAAAUACUGAGGAUCGUGUAUGGAACAAGUAAUGAACGUACUCCUGGUGGAUUCUACCCUCAGGGAGGUCGUGGUACCAUAGCCAAAUCUUUCUUGUAAUUGCACAAUUAGCUCACUAAAGCUAUAUAUGUCGAUAUGCCUUUUGAGGCAAAAAAAUUAUUUAAC